AAACCGAUCGUCAAGGUGUGCGGGAUCACCACGGUGCGCGAUUGCGAGAGCGCGUGCGAGCACGGGGCGAAUUUCGUUGGGAUGAUUCUCUGGCCAAAGUCGAAGCGGUCGGUGGACGAGGCGACGGCGAAAGAGAUCGUGGCGUGCGCGAAAGCGAAGGGCGCCGUUCCGGUGGCGGUGUUCGUGGACGAAGAUGCGAGCGAAAUCACGCGCGUGUGCGACGCGAUCGGGUGCGAUCACGCGCAAUUGCACGGCGACGGCGCGCGGGACGCGUUGGAGACGCUGCCGAUGCGCUUGAAGGCGAUUUGGGUGCUCAACGCCGACGCGAACGGGCAAAUCGUCUCCAAAUUCCCAGGAGACGAAGAAAACGGGCCGCGACGCGUGGUGGACUGGUUGUUGAUCGACGGCGUCAACGCCGGAAGCGGGACGGCGUUCGAUUGGUCCAAGCUCAAAGCCCCGCGCGGGGCGUCGCGCAAGGGUUGGUUACUCGCGGGCGGGCUGAACCCCGAAAACGUGGCGCAAGCGAUCGAGACGGCGAAUCCCACCGGCGUGGACGUCGCGAGCGGCGUCGCCGACGAAGGCGGCGUCGUCAAGGACGCGGCGAAGAUCGCCGCCUUCAUCGGCAACGCGCGCGCCGCG